AUGUCCUGCAACAAGCGAGUGGUCAUCGGCCUGGUCUGCUUCGCCCUGAUGGCAGUCAUCCUCGUGGUGGUCGGAAUCGUCCUGUGGAGAGACUACGAGGACGACAGCUCCCAGCCCGAGGAUCGACAAAUUCGACUCACCGAGGAUAUUCGGUUUUCUGCUACUUCUUUCAAUCUGACGAUAGUCGGCAUCCCCGAGGCGAAUAUUUCUGCCGUGACGGCUCGAAUAGGUCAAAAUGUGAUACAGAGUGAGGCUGCGAUAUGUCGAGGGCGUGAAGACGGCACAGUGUGUAGACGGUGGCCUGGUGGGCGGCGGCUGAACAUACGCCCAUCUGUCCAGAACCCCGGGCAGUACGGUGACGUUAUCGAGCCAAUCUUCCUGUCCUCUGCUGGCGUAGGUAUCCACGUAGAUGAAACCACGCCCCUUUACGUGUCCAUCAACGAGGCCAAAUCUAAACAGCUGUGUCUGGUCGGAAGAACGGGAGCAAACACGCCCUACUACCACGGCUCUCAAAGUGCGUCUCUGCGCUACGAUGUUUGUAAGUCUAAGGACAUCGCAAGUCUUUGGAAAGCUAUGGCAGAGCAGUUCAUACCCAAACCUGCAGCCAGCAUGUCUGAUGACGUUCUACGCAAUCCGAUCUGGUGCACCUGGGCCAAAUACAAAGGCGGGAUCAACCAGACGUUGCUUCUGGAGUACGCCAGCCUUAUAACUGACAACGAAUUCCCAGCCUCACAAAUUGAGAUUGACGACGAGUGGACCCCGAAGUACGGAGAUCUGGUUUUCGCCACCGACAAGUUCCCUGACGCUAGGGAACUGAUUCAGAAUCUCACAAGCGAAGGGUUUCCUAUCACGGUGUGGGUUCAUCCGUUUUUUAACGUCGACUCACAAGCCUUCCAAGAGUUGUCGGAGAAGAAUUAUCUAGUGAGAGCCCUCCACUCCGAGAAGCCAGCCCUUACUGAAUGGUGGCGCGGUAAACACGCAGGGCACCUUGACGUCACCAAUCCUGACGCGGUCUCGUGGUACUUGGAUAGACUAGACAAUCUAAAAGUAAACUACAACGUGACGUCGUUCAAAUUUGACGCUGGUGAAACCAAGUGGCUCCCAGCGGGUUACGAGACAUACGAAACCUUGCCCAACCCCAGUGUGCUCACCCGGAAGUACGUGGAGAUGGCGUAUCGGUCUGACGUCAAGGAGAGACGACAGGAAGUGCGUGCAGGCUACCGUAGUCAGAACUCUUCAACGAUGGUGCGCAUGUUGGACAGGGCCAGUAACUGGAGCCACCGGAGGGGUCUCAAGACCGUCAUCCCCUGCGCCCUAGCCUUCGGGAUCAUGGGCUACCCGUUUGUUCUUCCCGAUCUCAUCGGCGGGAACGCUAUGGAUAACAUAACCAUUGACCACACAGUGCUGCCAGACAAAGAGCUCUACAUCCGCUGGAUGGAAGCUACCACAUUUUUGCCGGUGUUGCAGUUUUCCGUCGGGCCGUGGGACUACGACGAAGAGGUGGUCAACAUCACACGUAAAUACGUACAGCUUCACCAAAACUUCUCCGACCUCAUCGUCAACUUGAGUAAAGAAGCGGUGGUCACUGGCCAUCCUAUCGUACGUCCGCUGUGGUGGACUGACCCCACAGACCAAGCGGCCUUGACCCUUGACACACAAUUUCUCCUCGGUAACGACCUUCUCGUGGCCCCGGUGUUGGAGCAGGGGGCGGAGUCACGUGACAUCUACAUACUGAACGGCGAUUGGCGGGACGAGCUAAGGGGCGAUAUAUUGAGUGGACCUCAAUGGUUGUACAACUACACAGUGGCUCUCCAUGAACUCGCUUAUUUCACAAGAGUCACCGCUUAGAGUGUCGGUUGUAGCAACUUAACACACAGUUCUAGCUCUCCCUGAACUCGCUUAUUUCACCAGGCAACUACACACACACACACACACACACACACACACACACAGACACACACACACACACACACACACACACACACACACACACACACACACACAGUUCUAGCUCUCCAUCAACUCGCCUAUAUCAGCAGUCAGCUAAACACACAGUUCUAGCUCUCCAUUAACUCGCCUAUAUUAGCAGUCAACUAAACACACAGUUCUAUCUCUCCAUUAACUCGCCUAUAUCAGCAGUCAACUAAACACACUGUUCUAGCUCUCCAUCACCUCGCCUAUAUCAGCAGUCAACUAAACACACUGUUCUAGCUCUCCAUCACCUCGCCUAUAUCAGCAGUCAACUAAACACACUGUUCUAGCUCUCCAUCACCUCGCCUAUAUCAGCAGUCAACUAAACACACUGUUCUAGCUCUCCAUGGACUAGCUUAUUUCACCAGAGUUACAACGCACCUUUGUAGGUUGACAUCAGAUGAUGCAAGCUUUACGCUGCUUCGUUAAUACAGUGGUUAAUUUAUAAGCUGCGUUUUGGCAUUUACCUUUCUAUUAGAUCGAACUAACACCCCUAUCUCCCCAAGAACCCCCCCCCCCCGGCCCCAACCACCAAAAAAGCCCACAACAGUAAACAAAACAACACAAAAACAACAGCAACAAAAACCAACAUAAAAAAAACAAAAAAAAAAAGCAAAACAAACCAAAAAACCAAACAAACUUAGGCCUCCUCUCUCCAGGAAACAAAUGAUUCAAUUUUUAAUUAAAGUGACAUUCGGAACAUAA